AGAAGUCCAAAAAAUUGAAAUUAAGAAAAAAAAAUUCUUGCAGCAAACCCUCAAGGAGGCCCGAUAUUUGACACGAUCUUAAGUCAGUUCCGUCCACUUCCCUUUGUCGCAAUUUAUUUCAUAAUUGUCUUCCCAUCUUCUUUUCAUAAGCGGAAGCUUUCAGGUUUCAAAGAGAUUUCCCCACAAAAAUUGUGAAUGCAUUUUUGUCUCUCAGCCGUUGCUACACGCCCAGUCUAUAUAUUUCUCAAUCCCCACAAUAUUUUAUGACCUUCGAAGAUGGCUGUCUUCUGGGAUGUUGCGCCGUGUAGUCUUGUAGAAGUUUACCGACGUUUCAGAGGUGCUGCUGUUUCCAUCGUCAUUGCUCUAUGAUUGAGACGGUAAGUAUCCGUGAAACGUCUGUAAACUUCUAACAGGCUCACAGCCGUGAUAAACCAAGUAUCUUGGAUUUGUGUUGCUAGUGAGGUUAAUACAAACAAUUCAACCAAUUGUUGACACUUUCCAUGUUACGAAUGGGAUAUUCUAUGUAAAUAGGCCUGCAGAUUUCGAUAAUAAAGGGGAAGGGUCUCUUGGCAACAGAAAGGUUUUCGGCAAAGGAAAUUGUAGGUUGUCAUAAUAUGUGGAGACCUACCAUGACAUUUGUUUCUUAAAUUAAACCGAGGUCAGGAAAAAUGUAUUCGAUGUUCCCGUGGAGCGAAGUGGUUUAUUUCUUGAGUUGGUAAUCUGUGUGGUGCGCAGAAGCGAAUACGUUUGAUGUGGCCGCGGGGAGGGGAGUUGUUGCGCCCGGGCCGUGAACGGGGGUGAUUCGCUUCCAGGGUGACUGUUAAAGUUGACACUGCUGGAGUCCUCGGACAUGUUUCAGCUGGAAAACAGGACACAGAAGUACAUCGCUGUGAUAUAUUCCACUGUUCAGAUUUAUGAAAAUAGAUUUCUGUAGUGAGUAAACAGUUGAAGGCCGGGGCGUCGUCUUGUGGGUGGACAAGAGACUGCAACUUUGAGAGGUCUCGAUGCCCGAGGCAGCCAGCAGUGCCAUGGCUGAGGCCCCACUACUGAGUGAUGAGCCAGACUUGAGUACGUUCGAGAACAAGUCUGGCCUGGCUGAGGACAUGAAGUUCCUAGCAAGCAUGCCAGAGCUCUGUGAUGUCACCUUCCUUGUGGGGGACACCAGGGAACCAGUCUGCGCCGUGAAGGCCGUUCUUGCAGCUCGCAGCAGAGUUUUCCACAAGAUGCUGUACCAGGCACCAAGCCCUCAACGCAAGAAAGAGCCGCCCCCUAAGGAGAACAAGUUGCGCCUCUUCCUCAAGAGGAGCAGCGAGCCACUGCUCAACCUACAGAACGCUGCCCAACAGCGCGGCUUCUCCCAGCAGCUGGCUCCCAUUCAAGAGCCGCAGUCGAACCAGCAUCACACACUCAUCAUUGAGGAGUUCGAACCAGACGUGUUUCGUCAGCUGAUAGAAUACAUCCACACCGGCUGCGUGACGCUACAGCCCCGAACGCUGCUUGGGGUAAUGAAUGCGGCAGACUAUUACGGCCUUGACGAGCUGCGCAGAGCCUGUGCUGGCUUUGUGCAGUGCUGCAUUAAUGUGGACACAGUGUGUGCUCUUCUUGCCUCAGCUGAACGCUACAUCCAGUAUAAAUGCACCAAGUCACUCGUUCAAAAGGUCUUGGAAUUUGUUGAUGAGCAUGGGAAUGAGGUCCUGAACCUGGGGUCCUUCACGCUGCUGCCACAACAUGUGGUGCGUCUCAUACUGGCAAGAGAUGAACUCAGAGCUGAUGAGUUCACCAAAUUUCAGGCUGCUCUAAUGUGGGGCAAGAAGUACUGUGAUAGCAAUCCGAACACGCCGCUUAAGGAUGUGAUUGGAAACUUCUUGGAGUACAUCCAGUUUCACAAGAUCCCAGCAAAUGUGCUGAUGAGAGAGGUCCAUCCGCUUGGUCUAGUUCCAUACAGCAUCAUUAUGAAUGCCUUGGCCUACCAGGCAGACCCAACAAGUGUCGACCCCGCCAAGCUCUCCCCCAACAGAGUGAGGCGUUCGGGACAGGGUCGCUCUAUGUCUGUCCAGAGCUCGCUGGAUCCUUACGGAAGCAACACGACUCUAAGCUCCAGUGGAAGCAGUGAGAUGUUACAAAAAGAGAACAAAGACAGCCUUGCUGUGGUCAACAAGGUAGAGAUCUGGCACUCGACAUCAAUGUCCUUGGUUCAGUUCACACCUGGCUCAACUGUCUAUAUAAUUUAUAGGCACACUGAAGAAUUUCUUCACAGUGUUUUAGCUACAAUGGUGUAAGGUCCAUUGAAUUAACACACAAUACAAUUUUCAGUAACUUCAAUAUUAAAUCCUCUUCUGUUAUUUUUACCCUGUAUAAGAGAUUCACCCCUUUGCUGCCAUGACAAUGCUGUUCAAGCCACUGCAGUUCAGUUUAAUAGGGGCAUUUUGUCUCCUGAUAUGAGAGUUGAGUGUCUUCCCAUGUUUAUUCUGUCUGCGAUGCACAUAAAUGAUUAGUGAUGGCAUUUCUCCCUGUGAUGGUAAUGAUAGUCAGAGCAUGAAUACCCCACCCUCCCCAAUGUACUUGUUGGCCGAGGAGAAGAUCUUGUGUUUGACUGAUCAGUAUUGCGUAGCUGUAGCCCUAUGUGAAGUGAUGUGAAGUAUGUCAAGUCCCAUUUUUUUGUGUUUAGCCUUACACAAACUCUAUGCUUUUUGCAUUACACCUUGCUCUUCUGUUUUUCAGUAAAUCUGGAAGCUUUUAUUGUCUCACUCUCAUCAUUCAGGGAUGUGACGGACUUCUAUUAACCAUUUUCAUGUGAAAAAUAAGAUUUCUUGCUCAAAACUGUAGGGUAGCUCAGUCGCUGUAGUGUCUGUUGACUACAGACUGGAUAAUCAGGGUUCAGUGUCCAGCGAGGGCAAAGGAUUUUCUUCUAGCCUCUGCAUCCAUACCAGGUGUGUAGCCCACCAUGUCUCCUGUCCAGUGCGUACCGGGGGUCCCUUCCCUAGGAGUCAAAUGCGGCCGGGUUGUGAUACUGACCCCACACUUCCAUCUAGUGCCAAGGUGAAGAACAAGUACGAGCUACACUCUCUCUCCCUCCAAGCACCUGCAGUGAUCUUUAGUGGUUGAUAAUAAUCACAUCGGUGAAAGGAAAUUCUACUGCCAUCUUUUUACACACAACUGUGUAUCUAUGGGUUUCAUUAUUAACUACUCUGAAAACAUAGAAAUAAAUGAAGGUGAUUACUUUCUGAACACUGAGUAGGUUAAGAUGCAGUCCAGUUUACAAUCAGCUGCUUAUCCUUACACCAGAGACAUUUAAAAGUUGCAUACUCCUGACUUAUGAGUACAAUGGGUCAGUCAGUUUCCUUCUGCUGUGUUCAUCGCAGAAAAAGUUCCACGUUACGGUAUUGUUUUAGCACAAGGAAAACGUGAUUAGUAAAGUUUGAAUUAGCAAGAAUUAGUAAGCAUGUCUUUUAUGGUAAUCAUGUCAUAUAUGGUACUGCCCCUGCCACCAACCCAUCCCAUCCAUCCACAAGAUAUGUUUGUUGUUGAAGUUUAAUAAAAAUAUAUAUUAAUUAAUUUUACAAUUAAAGUUCUAUAAUAGGUCUAGAUAGCUGAAUGCACACAGACAAUCGAGAAGUAUUUUCAAGCACUUCGAUAAUAUCUACGAGAACACCAAGAAAUAAAUUGGAAAUAUUAUGGAAUUGAAAUGUAGGAAAGAUGUAUGUUAACGGCAGGGUUCAUGCCCCCCACCAUAUCCCCAUUGCUAAUGCUGAAGUCCCACUUCUGUCUUGUAUUUGUUAGGUGUCAUUAUAGAUGUCUUCUGUGGUUUUAUUCAGUGCUUCAAAGCAAAUAUGUGCAUAGUGGGCCUUGAUCACCUUUUCUGUAGUUCAGUAGACGUAAACACCAUCUCAUCUCAUAAUUCCAUGGAGCAGAGUCCUCGUUAAGAAGCUAAUAGUCACUCGGCUAGUUAAGAAAUCUCCCCCUCCUUAUGAAACCUGAAGUCACAUUAAUAUCCUACGAUCAUGUAGGGAGAAUAUGAGGGUUUAUGAACCAGUGAUUUCAAAUCGGUGGAAGUCACCUGCAGUAAUCUUAUUAACUGUUGCUUGGUGUUAACAGAUUAUGUAUGUCUUAACAUUUAGAACAAAAUUUUGCCAACCCACAAAAUAAUGAUCCAAUAAAAUGUUAUGUAUUACGAAUCUCUGUAAAGUAGUGUUUGUAUAUAUGCCCAGAUGUUAAAGUUGAUGUACAGCUGUAAACUUGCAUCAUCCUUGCUUUUGCAGAACUCAUUUUCUUGUAUUUUACUUCAGCUGUUCUCAGUACUAACGUCGCAAAGGAGCAACGAUUCAGUUUUAUGAGCAAAGAAUUUUUUUAGUGAUAAAAUAUAAAUUCUGAUAUUAGUGAUAAUAUAAUUAGAAUUCACCUUCUGUUCUGAUAUAUCUGAUUCAGAAUUUAGAUUGAUGAUAGUUUUUUAAGACUGAAAAUUUAUGUUAUAAAUCCGUCAUCUUCUUCAGCGACCAGCUGAGCUAUUCUUUAUGUAGUUAUUUUUACUUUUUCAUCAGGUCCUGUUGCCAUAGAAAAUUAAAAAGUGGGACAUAAUAGUAGGAUGUCAGUCAUGCCAUAUUUACUUAGAAUUUCAACUUGUCAUAUUUCCCUUUAUAAGGAAUUUGUUUACAAUAGCUUCAGAAUAUCACCAGAAAUGAAAUAGCAGUUUCCACUCAUAACAGUAGUUUUCUGAAAUUUGCUGUAACUGCAGUGUUUUAUUUGUUUCAGUCGUGAAACAUUUUUGGCAAGAGUGAAGUUAUUGCAUGAGAAAUGAGCAUGAUCCAGCCUUGCUUGAAGCGUGAAUUUGCUUGUUACUUUACUUUCAGAAUCAUCACAUUAUUUAAUAUCUCCCUUUAAGUGUUACAAAAUAUUUGUUUUAGGUCCCUAAUUCAUCAUCCCCUCCCUUAGAAUAUCUGCAUUUUUUAGGUCAGGAGUAUAACCAUACAAGAAAAUGUAUUUUUAUAAUGGUCUGCAUGAUCGGGGGGAGAAUUCUAACUCUUCAUGACUGCCAGUGAACAUUCUUUCCCAUAAGAAAGUAGAGUUGAUAUUUGUUUGUGUUGAUAUUCGGAAUUAACGCCUGAUUUUGGUUCACUCUUUAACAAAAUGUCGGUUGCUUUGUGUUUUAAGGAACACACCUGUGCAGCCUCCAUGACUGUAGCACUUUUGUGAUCACAUUAAUUUUUAUGUUCAUACUUGAUCAUAUAAGUUCAUGCAGCACAAUAUAAAGUAUUCAGUAUCAGUUUUUCUGUUCUGAAUGUUGAAAAUUUGUUCUGGUGUAUUUAAAAAUUUGUGUUUAUUUUUAUUGCAGUCUUUUUAGUAAUAACCCUGUCUUACACAUCAUGAAGAGAUACUUUUAUAAGUUAAUGUCUAAAACGAAACUUAAUUUUGUAAAACUGGAAAUUAAAAAAAAGACACUAUUGAAGUGACUGGUUAUUUUUUUCUACAUAACUGUAUUCCUGUGGUACAUAAUAACCCACAAACUAACAAGGUGUGUUAAAAUGGGUUUUCACUGUAUUAUUAUUUAUAAAUGCUUCAUGACAUAUCUAUCUGUAUCAAAGAAAAAGGUCAACCGUGGUGAUUCAAGAUAUAAAUCUUACUGGAGAAAAUUUUGGUAAAAAUUACCGUAAGUGUACUCAUUGCUUAGUUCUCUCUAAAUUCACACUAGACUCAAUUAUUUUUCCACAAAAUGUACUGAGAAAAACAAAUGGAUCUCCUCAUUUAAAAGUAAGAGGUUGCUACUGUUCUGGUCUGUUCAAACAACCAGUGAUGUUUAUUUUUUAACAGGGUAGACACACCAUAAUUUUAUCUGCAGGUGAAGAUGAAGUAAGCCUAUGAAAUGUGAACUUUCUGAUUUGGACAUUGAUUUUUAUAAAAAUUAAAAUACGGCUGUGAGAUAAUUCUCAGUAUUGUAAAGGAUUUGUAAUAAAAUUUUAUAUGUAAUAGACACAGUAAAUUAUCAAAAUUAAGACACUAAUACAUAUAUAUUAUAUAUUAAAUCUUGUCCGUCCUAUCACAAUAAAUUCUUAUUAAAUAUUAAAAUAUUACAAUAAUUAAUAUAGUUGUUUCGUUUUCAUUAACCUGUCUGUCUGUGCCAGAUGAAAAAAUAUUUGCUAAAUGAAAAAUCUGUACACGCUACUCUGAGUACAUUUUAAGGUUCGUGCAUACUGACAUUUUGAUCGAGUUGAUAAACCUGUGACUACGCAUUAAUCAUCAGGGUUGACAUUUUUAACUGAUAUACUUGGAAAUAUAUCAGAAUUGAUUUUUCUUAUAAAAUGUUGAACUUAAAUCAAGUAGAAAUAACCUCUAACAUAACUCAGUGUAUGAUGAUGCAUGGAAAUAAAUAUUGAUAAUAACAUGCAGUUGGCUGAGGUGAACAUAUAGAGUGGAUGCAUAUGUGUCUGUUGACAUCAGUGAAUGAUACCUGAAUAUAAUUUUAAUGGAAAUAUAAUUUUAUUUAUGCUUUUGAUAUUACUGAACGUAAUGUUGCAAUGCCAACUCUUCAGCUUAUGUGGCGGUGAUAUAUUACUUACUUUAAGUUGCGUAUGUUAAGAAAUUCCUAUGUCAGCGACAGUGAUGAAACAUGAAAUGCUGGCACAGAGUCAUAAAAAUUCAUUGUGACCCAACAGAAACUGCCACCUCCUUCAAAGUGGAAUAUGUAAACAGUAAUUAUUAGGUUAGGUUAGGUGUCUGUAGUUGAUAAACAACUGUUAAUUGUAUAUUCUAAAAUAAUACAAGAGAAAUUUAUUUUGUCAGUAUAUACUUUUGUGUAAGUAACCACAAAAAAAAACUAGAUUUUAUUACACAUAAUUUUAUCUUACUAAAAAUGUUGUAAAUGUCUUAUCAUUCUACACAGCAUGUGAAUGCUAAGUAGUUUAUAUUAUGUGUAGACAUUCACUCAUGACUGUAGUGAGUGUUGGUUGUUUUCAAAUUAUUGGAAUCGUACUAUAAGAGAGAGGAGCGCUGAAUGUAUGUAUGUGUUUGCACGAAUUUGCUUGUUAUCUUAAAUACACAAAUAAGUGUAUUUUAUUACCUGAAACUUUAAAUGACUGAAAAAUUAUAUGAAUAAGACUUC